GUUGUUCAGGAUGAUGUUCCUGCUCCUUUGGUGUGCUGGGGGGGUUCCAGGAUGACACUCCAGCCCAUCCAGCCGCUCCUGCCCAUCCCAAACAUUUCCUUCCCUCUGGUUCCCCCUCUGUCCCGGUUCCCCUCCGCAGGCUGCCCAGGCCAUGGAGAAGUUCGGGAUGAGCUUCGGGGGCGGCCCCAGCAGGAAGGACCUGCUGGACACCAUUGAGGCGCAGAAGCAGCAGCUGCUGCGGUACCAGGCGCGGCUCAAGGACGUGGUGCUGGCCUACAAGAGCCUGCUCAAGGAGAAGGAGGCGCUGGAGGCCAGCCUGAAGGUGCUCUCCGUGUCCCACGAGGGCCAUCUCCCGGCGCCCGGCCCCGGGGAGCCCCCGGAUGACCAGAGCUCCGAGCACAGCGAGGACAGCGCGGGCACGGCUGCCAGCGCCGACACUGCGGCCAGCGGGGCCAGCAGGGACACGGCGGCCAGCGGGGCCAGCAGGGACACGGCGGCCAGCGGGGCCAGCAGGGGCACAGCAGCCAGCGGGGCCAGCAGGGACGCGGCCAGCGGGACCAGCGCGAGCAGCACCACGGGGGAUGGCACGGCUGCCGCGGGUGGCGUGAGCUGCGCCGGGGCGGACGCGGGGCCCGAGGAGGACGGACCCGCGGCCCACAGAGCCGAGGAGCCUCCCGGCCCCGAGGGGGACCUCGGCGAGUCCGAGAGGAGGCUCCUGCAGCUGAAGGCCCAGCUGGCCACCCUGACGAGCGCCCUGGCCACGGUGACGCAGGAGAAGUCGCGCAUGGAGGCCUCGUACCAGGCGGACAAGCGGCAGAUGCGGCAGGAGCUGGAGGAGGCGGCGCGGCGGGCGCGGGCCGAGGCGGAGCGGCUGGCGCUGGAGCUGGGGGGGCUGCGGGAGCAGCUGGCCGAGACCAAGGCCCGGCUGAUCACACAGCAGCACGAGCGGGCGCGCGAGCAGGGCGACCACGCCGAGAUGCUGCGGGAGCUGCAGGAGCUGCUGCGCGCGGAGCGGGAGCUGCGCCGGGACGCGGAGCUGCGGCUGGAGCGGGGCCGGGACGCGCCCCCCGGCAGGGCCGGGGCGCCCGAGCGGGCGCAGGGGCACGAGCAGCACGUGCGGCAGCUGAGCCAGGAGCUGGAGGAGCUCAAGAGGGAGCUGCAGGGCGUGCGGGAGGAGAACAGCAAGGCCGACCCGCGCAUCCAGCAGCUCCAGGAGGAGAUGGCCGGGCUCAAGAACCACUUCCAGGUGCAGCUGGUGCAGGAGAUGAAGAAGACCGCCCAGGCCGAGGAGCAGCUCCGGCACCGCGCGCAGAUGGAGGAGCGGCGCGUGGCCGACCUGGAGGCUCAGGUGUCCCAGGCGUCCGAGCUGCUGGGCACCUACGAGAAGGCCAAGCAGAAGGACCAGCAGGUCAUCCAGAAGCUCAAGGACCGCAUCGUGCAGCUGGACCUGGAGAACAAGACCUUGGCCAUCGCCGCCUCCAGCCGGGCCCCGGGGGACAUCCACGGCGAGGAGGCCAACCUGGACGUGAACGUGCUCAAGGACAAGAUGGAGAAGCUGAAGAAGCUCCUGCAGGCGGCCACCGGGAAGAGCCAGGCGGACGUGGAGGAGCCGUGUGAGCUGGAGCUGCCCAGGGGCUCCGGGGACGGCGAGAAGGCCACGGCCGGGUACUACCAGCAGGAGCUGAGGCAGCUGAAGGAGGAGUUCGAGCGCUACAAGGUGAGGGCCCAGCUGGUCCUGAAGAACAAGUCCAGCAAGGACAUCAACCUGGCCAAGGAGCUGGAGGAGGCCCAGGAGCAGCUGGGGGAGCUCAAGGAGAAGUACGUGGCGCUCCAGCUGGCCUCAGACGACGCGGAGAGGCGGCACCGGCAGGACGUGGAGGCCAAGAGGCAGGAGCUGUCCCAGCUGCAGCAGCGGCACCGGCAGGAGCUGGAGAGGUGCCAGCUGGAGUACCGGGAGCGGGCGCUGCGCCUGGAGGAGGAGAUGCACAAGCAGCGGGACCGGGCGCUGGCCGUGCUGGCCGAGAAGGACCAGGAGCUGGAGCGCCUGCGGGCCCUGGCGCUGCCCCACGCGCUCCAGGCCUCCCAGAGCUCCCCGGACGUCCCCCACGGCGACUCCCCCGACCACAGCUCCUCCGAGGUUCUCCCCCAGGGCCUCCCCCUGCCCUCGGGCUCCGAGCCCACGUUGUUCCUGUACGCGGAGCAGCUGGCGCGGAAGGAGGUGGAGGUGUCGGCGCUGCGCAAGCACCGGCACGGGCUGGAGGCGCAGCUGCACCGGCUGCGGGAGAAGGCCCUGGCCGAGCAGGAGAAGCACCGCGAGGAGGUGGCGGCGCUGCAGGGCGAGAUCCAGAAGAACUUCCGGGACAGGAGCAGGGAAGGAGCCAACCUGGAGUACCUGAAGAACGUGGUGUACCGGUUCCUGACGCUGCCCGACGCGCGGGGCCGGCAGCAGACGCUCACGGCCAUCCUCACCAUCCUGCACUUCAGCCCCGAGGAGAAGGAGGACGUGGCCAAGCGCUCGGCCCAGGGCAGCUGGUGGCUCCACGGGAAGAGAUGAGGGGACAGCUCUUACUCCCUUGUCCGUAAGAACAUCCUGGUGAUCGACCCAAACCACUUUGCUCAUGGUGAAACCUCCUCCCGACCACACCCGGAGCUCCCGGUCACGGUUUGGGCUUGAACCGGUGUUUUUAGCACCAGUUUGCAGUGGAAUUGUGCCAACUCUUCCAGCCCCGGUGUGGGAAUUUGCUCUGAGUUGGGACUUGGUUUAAAACCCCUGGAAUUGAGGAUCCUGAUGCUUUUUUAAAGAUGGUUUUAAAAUAAUCCCAACCUGUCAGGCGUGGGUUAGGGUGGAACUCACUUGGAUCUUCAAACUCCAGCCGGGCUCGUGACUCAGAAGAUUAAAAGGAGGGUGGGAAGCACUUUAGAUGGAGCUAAAAUAGCACCAGACCAUGAGAGGCUCAAAGGAUGAGUCUUUAAUGCAGAAAAUCUUGAGUGUUUUCUCCAAGGUUUCUUCUCUAGAGCCAAUUUAUCAGUGGAUGCAGCCCCAGGCCCCUCCCACAGCUCCGGUGUUCUCUCCUUCCUACCCAGGGAUCCUCUCAGGAAUUCUCAGUGAUUCCAGGAAGGAGAAAGGAUCUCCUGGAUGUUGAAGUGGAACCUGUGGUGGUGCCAGGGAUGAUUCCCCACCCCAAGGUGCCACGUGGCUGAGCAGGAAUUGGAGCUGCCUGACCCCGUUUGGGAGCAGGAAGCAGAGGAAAAGCUGGAAUGGGUGCCCCGCUCCUCGUUUUUGGGAGUCCCAGGGAAGUUUUGCUGCUGUGCAGUGCUGGGUUUGGAAGGAAGGCCCUGUUCCUGCUGGGAUGGAGCAGUGGGGGGCAGGGGGUGGCAGAUCUGGGCAGUGCCUGCAGGGACCUGGAGGUUCUUCCCUAAUUUCCGUGGGAAUUGGUGAAAGAAGGAAGCCAGGACAUCCUGAAACCCGCUCCCUGAGCCCCAGGAGGGAUGUUUUGCUGGUAGCCCUGGAACAGGCUCUUCCCAGCUCCGCUCAACUGGAGCUUCCAAACUUUCUCAUCUGCACAGGCCAAACGUCCCUGUGGUGUUGUUUUCCUGCCCCUUGUUUGGAGUUAAACCUUGGCUACUAAAGCUCAGCUUCCCCAGCCCAGAGUACAGGGAUGAGUCUGGAUUAACACCCCCGGGUGGGCCUGGAGUUAAAAGCAGGUUGGGGGAGCAGCUCCUGGUGCUGCCCUGCCCGGGGGGGCCUUGGGAAGG